AUUUCAAACCGUAUUCCUCCAAACCUCAUCGCUACUAUAAGACCGAACUUCUCUCAUCUUCCAAAUUCCAUUGCCAUUCUUCACAGACUCACGCCAGAAGAUGAACUUGCCGCCAGGUUUCAGGUUCCAUCCGACUGAUGAAGAACUCAUCACUCACUACCUCGCUCCGAAGCUCUCUGACUCCAAUUUCUCUGAAACAACUGUGAUAACUGAGCUCGACAUGAACAAGAUCGAGCCAUGGAAUCUGCCAUCGAUCACGAAACUGGGAGAGGAGUGGUACUUCUUCUGCAUGAAGAACAGGAAGAACCCUACAGGAUUGAGGACCAACAGGGCCACUGAUUCAGGCUACUGGAAAGCAUCAGGAAAAAACAAGGAAAUCCACGGAAGAAGAAGGGACCUGAUCGGGUCGAAGAAAACCCUAGUUUUCUACAGAGGGAGGGCACCAAAAGGAGAGAAGACAAACUGGAUCAUGCAUGAGUACAGAGCAGGGAGGAACCCUACAGCCAUUAAUAAUAAUGUUUGGGUGAUCUGCAGAGUGUUCUCUAAGAACUCUGGAUGUCGCAGCCAUGGCUCGACCUGCUUCUACACUUCUCAUGGAGCUGAAAACACUUUCGAGGGAGAGUUCUUCCGAGAUUUGUUAGCUGAUGAAGUGACUCAAUUAGAUGUGUUAAGUAGUAAAAGAUGAUUACGCUAUAUGAAGAAAAAUAAAUUAUGAGAUCAGUUUACUAAUUGUAAAAUAGUUAGAAGGUGCGAGGAUUUUUUUUUCUGUAAAUUAGAUGUGUCAUGGAAUUACUAGGAGGAAAUUAUUGUUAUAAUAACGUUUGGUUAUAGAUUGGUGUUGUGUCGUAGAGAUUGAUAGGAUAAAUGUGAUUUUGCAUUGGAGAUAUU